AACCAAACAGCACAUAGAGCCGCAAUAGUGUGUAUUUCUGGAUAUUUCGAUUUCACAGGUUGAUUGUAGGUAACUGAAUGUUAUGAAUUCGUACCAUUUACUCUUUCCAUUGAUUUCUCCUUUUAAAUUGUUUUAUUUCCGGCAGCACGUGAAGGCAACAAGUGGAUGCCAUGUUUCAGGAGGCGUUCCCCCCUUUACAGCAAGCAAUAGAAUAUCCUCAACCAAAUACCGUUAUUCACUUUGGGAGUUAGUGCUGCUAUUAGGCCAUGCAAGUCUAAGUACACUGAUGAAAGUACGAAAUGAAGUAUGUGAGUGAUGACAAAUAAAAAAAAGCUUGUGUGUGUGGAAUAUGGAAUGAGCUGAUAGAGGGCAACUUGCCUCUAAGACAUCAUAAAGGAAUUAUGGUUCUUGAAGCACGAUCUUCACACAUUCCCAUUUCACAUGUUAACAAAUUGUCCUCAGGAAACGAUUGUGAUUCCUAUUCGAGAUGAGUGGUAGUCAUUCAACACCAACGACACUUGGGGGAAAUGAUACGGGAUAACGAAUCAAGAGACACUGAGGUCACAGAGGUCACCUGUCAGUAUCAAGAGCUGUUGGAUAAGUUGUAUAUGAUAGAUAAGAUGAAAUAUAACAUAUCGUUAGAUAAGGAGAUACAGAGCCAAUCAUGGCCCACAAAGACUAUGUCAAAAAAUGUUUUGUUUGACUUUUGCAGAGAACGUCAUCUUUCAAGAGAUGCACAAAGAGACAGAGAACUCUGCGGAGGAGUCCUCUUCGCCCUACAAUGUGUCCAGUAAAUCCUCUGCCACAGGCACGGCGUCCCCUUCUUGUGAGGAGACAACGGGGACACAGGAGGCGUCUGAGUGACUGCCGUUACCACGAUGAAGGCCCUGCGGCCGAUGAGUUUAUCGGGGCCAGUCAUGCCCGCCACGGGGCCCGUGGUGCAAAAGGACCCGCAGGCGCAAAAGUCCACUCGCAGGGCCUGGACCAUUUGAGCUACGUGUCCCAAAGGAGGGCCCGUUGCAGAUGCAGAACUAGCGAACUAAAGAGAACCAGGACAGCUGGUGAUGCAGGAAAAAGCACCCUCCUCAACGGGAGACUGGGCACCCACGGGAGGAGGGGGGCUCUCCCAGAGGAUCUGUCGCUUGAGUCCUCCGCACAGUCUUGCCCUGAUCUAGCGCACUCUGUCCUCGUGGUCGGAUACACGCGUGUGCAUGUACAGUCCAGAAAACGACACUUUGCACCUUAACGAAAUGAGCAUCGCAGUCGUUGUUAUUUAUGUAGAUUUGUACAAAAAAUGCAUUUUUGGCUAAAGGGGAAUUAUUAUGGUAACCCCCCCCCCUCCCUCAGGCGGACAGGAAGCACGGGCCUGAUUUAUGUCGGCGGUGUAGAACAGCCUCCGCCCAGCUGAGCGCGCCGGUCCUUCCCUUUAAAACGAGUCGCUGGGAAACGACGGCCGCGCGCUCCUCGUCGGGACCCACCGGCUGUUUAUUGUGGGUCACGUUGUUGUCCCGUUUGAUCUGACGAGACGGCAGGAGAAGGGCUUUUGGUAUCGCUACUAAUCGGAUUUCCUUGACGUGAUUGAUUCCGAGGACAUCGGGUCGGAUCCCGCGUCGCGCGAGUCUCGGGGCGUUUUUCGCAGCCUGAGAGAAGCGGAGGGGAUCGUUAUUCGGCCAUUCGGCGACCGGAACGAUGUGAGCGCGUUUGGAUCCAGCGGGUUUCUCUCUGCGCCUCCUCCGAACAACAGAGCCGCUCACGAUGCCGAGGGCUUUGCGCAGACUGGUCCACCUGGUGCUGUUCUGCCCUCUGUCCAAAGGUCUGCAGACUCGUCUCCCCGCCGUUAAGGUGAAGUACCUUCUCCUGGCAUGGCUGGGCAUCCUCGUCGCCAGCUGGGUGGUCUACAUGCAGUACGCCUCGUACUCUGAGCUCUGCCGCGGCCACGUCUGCCACGUGGUCAUUUGCGAUCACUACAGAAGGGGCAUAAUAUCCGGCUCCUCCUGCAAGGCGUUGUGCGAUCAGAGAACUCUGACCUUGCAGCAUUGCAUGUCCACCUCCUCUACACGUCAGGUGUACGGCGGCCUGUGGAAGGAGGGACCCGUCGUGAUCAAGUGUGGGAUCGAGGACCCGGUGAAGACGGAUGGGGCUCCCGACUCUGUGCUGCGGCAGGAGAUGAGUUUAUUCGACAAACCCACUCGUGGGACCUCGAUGGACGAAUUUAGAGAAAUGCUGCACAGUUUUUUGAAGGCUAACCUGGGCGAGCAGCCGUCCCUGAGCACCUUGGUGGACCGGGUCAUCGUCCUCGCCGACGUCAACCAGGAUGGCAAAGUGUCUCUAGCCGAGGCCAAGUCCAUCUGGGCCCUUCUCCAGAUCAACGAGUUCCUCCUGAUGGUGGCGCUGCAGGAGAAGGAGCACGCCCCCAGGCUGCUGGGUUUUUGCGGAGACUUGUACGUAACGGAACACGUGGGCCACAGCUCCCUCUACAGGCUGGAGGUGCCCCUCUACCUGCAGCCUCUGGUCCCGGAGGCCCUGAGCUCCAGCCUGAACCACUGGCUGGCACCGGCCUGGCCCCGCAGGGCUCGCAUCACCAUCGGCCUGCUGGAGUUCGUGGAGGAGGUCUUCCACGGGUCCUACGGCAGUUUCCUGAUCUGCGACGCAAGCCCCCGCCACGUGGGCUACAAUGCAAACUUUGUGCAGAUGGCCGACCUGCGCAGCGUGGCCUCCGAGGCGGUCGUGCGGGCGUAUUUGAGGGGCCGUCGGUGCGAGACCAACGGCGACUGCACCUUCGGCCGGGACUGCACGGCCACCUGCGACCGGCUGGUGAAGCAGUGCAACACGGAGGUCGUGCAGCCCAACCUGGCCAAGGUGUGCGUGCUCUUGCAGGACUUUCUGCUUUUCGGAGCGCCUGCAGACCUGCGGGGGGACCUGGAGAAGCAGCUGCGCACCUGUGUGACGCUGAGCGGUCUGGCCAGCCAGAUGGAAGUGCACCACUCACUGGUCCUCAACAACCUGAAGACGUUGCUGUGGAAGAAGAUUUCUAACACGCAGUACUCUUGAAAUCGGGUUGAGAUGAUCGGGCCUGUACAGCCUUUAUUUGAAGCGAGUGAACUUGGCCAAAUGAUUUCGGGGGUGGUGGUUAUUCAUGUGUUUUCUAAAGCAUUUAUUUGAGAAGCACAUCCGUUUGUACAAAAUAUUCUCAGGGCGCUGCCUUUAACAUUUAAUGAUAAUAAUCUGACAAUUUAGUUUUCAAAAUGUCAUCUGGUCAUUUCCUAGAAGCAGAAUGUCAAAAUUUGACAGUGCCAUUUUUUGUAAAAAUGUAAAUAUUAGAAUGUUCUUGUUUGCCGUUUAUUAAUGAAUCUUCAUGUGAAGCAGAUGUAGAACACAAAUAAGACAAUGCAUAUAUACAGUUGCACUGACAUGUCUCUCCUGUUAUGUAUCUGUAUCUGAUAUCAAUGUCUCUGAUCAGACAUUAAACAUCAGUGAACUUUAAAUUCAUGAAUAAACGGGAGUUGGUUGACUA